CGCAGCCUGGAUUCCUCCACACGGUCUGGAACUAGUCCCGCCUCUCAAUGCCAACGGCUGGCCGGGGGGGGAGGAAGAGGAGGAGGAGGAGGAGGAGCCAGGUCGGGGCUAGACUGACACGUAAGAAUCCUGCGUGAAUGUUCAAGGAAGACCCCUCAUCUUCCCCCCUCAAAGUUGAUGUUGAUACAGCUGCUCGGCGUCAGACUCGAUGCUCAGCUGAGCCGCUCCGCACCAGAAAGCCUGUUCGGACGCUUUUGUGGGAGCGACGCGGCGCGGUGGAGGGGGAGAGACCGUGAGGACGGGAGGGAGCCAGCCGACGCACAAGAUGAGAUUCUCGGCGUUUGUUUCUGUGCUGCGCUCGGUCGGCCCGGUGGUGAUAGGCAUUUCUUUAGGGUUCACGUUGAGCCUGCUGAGCGUGAACUGGACGGAGCAAGCGUGUUACCUGGACGGUAAGGACGCGGGGGAUGUGACCCUGGGGCAGGACGGGCAGCUCAAGGGAGCCCGCAAGCCCAACUCCAUCUCCACCGUCAACGACGCCGAGUCCGAGGAGGAUUUUGAACCCAGGAUAGUCCCGUACAAACAAGUGCAGCAGAGCGCCCCGAAGAAAGUUUUCAGGGCUAAAUACAUAAGCACAGAGUUGGGGAUGCGAGAGCGUCUGUUCGUCGGGGUCCUGACAUCCAAAAACACCAUAAACACCCUGGGCGUAGCUGUCAAUCGCACCAUUAGCCACCACCUGGACACCGUUGUCUUCUUCACCGGCAUGCGCAACCGCAAAGUCCCUCACGGCAUGUUCGUCGUCUCUCACGGCGAUGAGAGACUGAUAUGGAACAUGUUCCAGAAUAUCAAAUACAUUUUAGACCAUUACAUCAAUGAGUACGACUGGUUUUACUUUGUCCAAGAUGACGCCUACACAGAAGCUGACAGGAUCAAAUCCCUGGUGGAUCACCUGAGCAUGGACCGAGAGCUCUACAUGGGCAGUCCCGAGGAGUUCAUCGGCGGAGAGAUGGAGGGGAAGUACUGCUACGGAGGCUUUGGGUACCUCCUGUCACGUACCUUGCUCCUGCGACUUCAGCCCUUCCUGGAGAACUGUCGGAAUGACAUCCUGAGCGCGAGGCCCGACGAGUGGCUCGGAAGAUGCAUCAUCGAUUACACAAACACAAACUGUGUCAGUGAAUAUGAGGGGCUUCGGUACCAUCACUAUGAGCUGGGAAAAAACUCGGAUCCCAGCAAAGAGCAGAGCGAGCAGUUCAAGAACGCUCUGACCGUCCAUCCAGUGUCUGACCCUGAGCAGAUGUACCGGCUGCACAGAUUCUUCUCUGAGAUUGAACUCCAGAAGACUUACGAUGAGAUCGCUAAGCUGCAGGCAGAAAUAAAGAACGUGAGUGUGGUUGCCUUUGAGGGCAACCGAAGCGCCCAGUGGCCUGUGGGGAUCAAUCCACCUUUUGAACCCAAAUCUCGUUUUGAAGUUCUGAAGUGGGAAUACUUUACAGAGGAGGAGAUUUAUUCAUGCAUCGACGGCUCUCCGAAGUGUGAACUACGCGGCAUCGAUCGCAUGGAUGUGGCUGAUGUAAUUGACGUAGCCAUGGGGGAGCUGAACAAGAAGUACAAGCCUGUCCUACACCUGAAGAAGCAGCAGCUGAUUAAUGGCUACAGGCGCUUCGACCCCACCAGGGGCAUGGAGUACACUCUAGACCUUCAGCUGGAGGUUGUAAACCAGAAAGGUCACAGCCGUUCCAUUACCAAACGGGUUCAUCUGGUGCGACCUUUGAGUCGGAUUGAGAUUAUUCCCAUGCCCUAUGUCACUGAGGCCACAAGGGUUCACAUCAUUAUACCGCUUACUCUGCAGGACCGGAGCUACGUCGACCAUUUCCUGGAAGUCUUUGCCUCGAACGCUUUCGAGACCAGUGAAAAUGCCAUCCUAACGUUCUUGUUUAUUUAUGACCCAGUGGAGGCACAGCAAGUUAACCAGAAUGAUAUAUUCGCCGGCGUGAAGACUCAGAUAAACGCAUAUGAACGCAAAUACCCCACAGUGAAAAUCCCAUGGAUAAGUGUGAAGACGGAGACGCCGUCGCAGAUCAAAUUCAUGGACAUCAUCUCGAAGAAGCACCCGGUCGACACGCUGUUUUUCCUGGCCAACGCCAACACGAACAUGAAUUCGGAAUUCCUGAACCGAUGCCGCAUGAACUCCAUAAAUAACUGGCAGGUGUUCUUCCCCGUCCAUUUCCAGGACUUCAAGCCUGACGUGGCGUAUCACAACCAAGAGCACCCGGUCACAGUUGACCUGGUCAGGGAUGCGGGACAUUUCGACCGUCAGGCAUUUGAAGAAGCGUGUUUUUACAACUCUGACUACAUGGCGACACGCACACGAAUGGUGACAGACGUCCAGGAGAACGAGGAGAUCCUAGAGACCCUCGACAUCUACGACAUGUUCGUAAAGUAUUCGGGCCUGCACGUGUUCAGGGCAGUGGAGCCGGCGUUGCACCAGAAGUACAGCUACCAAGCCUGCAACCCUCGGCUUAGUGAAGACAUAUAUCAUAGAUGUGUUCAGAGCAACUUGGAGGGUCUCGGCUCGCGCUCCCAGCUCGCCAUGUUGCUGUUUGAGCAAGAACAAGGAAACAGCACUUGAAAACACCGGUGAACUUCUGCUCGAGUGUUGAGGAGCUGGUGUUAUAAGUUGACCCUUAAAGACAGUCCAUGAUUUGGGCUGUGGUCACUUAUGUGACCCUGCCUGACAUUCCCCAUUUUUUUUUUUUCUCUCUGUGCAUCGAGGGUCAUUCGGUUUAGCUAGUUUUGGAAAAUGAAUGCAGUACAUUCCGAAUGAAACCCGUACUUAAAUGUUUACAAUGCUUGUCCGUGCAGAUGAGUUUCUAGAACCAAAUGUUUUUUUUUUUUUGCUACUCGAACAAACAGAGCCUUGACGUAGGGCGGGCUUCUCUACAACAUCCAGCAGACACAGGGCUCGAGUCGCUCUCUUAUUCCAGAAUUCACUGGGAUUUAAUCUGGUUUGGGUCUUUAACUCCUGGAAGAAAUGUCUUCCGUUCAGCCAGUUCAUGUUGAGGGGGUAAGGUAGAAUAUGAUUUUCAGAUGCUGUGCUGGUAAAGCUGCUUAUAGUUUUGUUCGAGUUGAGAGGGGUGUCGGUUGCCUCGCAGUGGGAUCGGUAGUACGAGCAGCACGUUUUAUAGAAUGUCCUUUUGAUUUGAUAAUAAUAUCAGAUAUCGCUGAAUAGAGCGUCAAUGUAAAGCUCUAAUAGAUGUGUAUUAAUAUAUUGCUCCACAGGUUGUGUGGGGAACUGAAACAUCGAGCUUUUGAUAUUUACUGAUUUUACAAGUAUUUACAAAAGCACAUCUUUCUAUUUGUGCCUUGACACUGACUAUACAUGGUGACCGUUUCGUGAUGUUACACAGUUUCGCUGUUCACCCAUUCAGGUGAUGCACAGCGGAUGUUUUUUCAUGAUCAAUCUUAGGUGUUGUUACAACAUGCGCGGCUGUUUCGAUGGGAGGAUUAAAUGGACUGUCAGUUAAUCGUAUUUUUUUGUGGAGAUAUUAUGAUCAACCAUCCACAGAUUGUGUUAGUGCCUCAAAGCAGUUUCUUGAAAGUAUCUUCUGUUAGUCUUCAAAGGUCAUAGAAAAGUUAAAGACAAGUGUUUUUCCAGUUAAAUGCUGCAAGAAAAUUUACACGCAGGUGGCAAAGAACAAAUAUAAAUCAUGGGGCAAAAAAACAAAAUCACCUCGGUGAAUGUCUGAGGUGAUUGCAGAGGUGUGUCAUUUUGUCCUCAUUGAAGUGAAGUGGUACUUUUUAAAGCAGAAUUUAAUUAGUUUAGAAAGUUGAGACGAAUGUAUUCUGUAUUUUUCCACGUCACCAAGCAAAGCAGACAGUUUUCUACUUUUUAAAGUUGUUCCAAAGUGUUUUGGACUGUAUUGUUAAAGAUAUUGUAAGUUACUGAACGCUGCCUCCAGAAAAUGGUCGCUUUUUCUCCCAGUUGCAGUGCAGUUCCAGUGGGAGGCCAUUUUCUACAUUUUUGAGCGAGGAUGGAGGUAGCAGUACUGGACACCAGAAAGUUAUUAGUGUAUUAUAAUGUGCAAUAUUAAAGAUAACGUAACUAUAUGGAUGUCCGAUGGAGGACGCGACUUUUAAUUUUCAUUUUGCUGCAAGUCCAGCAGUGUGUUUAUCACAAUACUGUAUGACAUUACAUCAAGUACGACUCAUGCUUUUUGUUCAUUGUUAGGUAAAUACACUGUAAUUUGUUUCGACAAGAGACCUUUUUAUGUAUUCUGCUGACACUAGACACUUUUCAUCAUUACUUUGAAAUACAUAAAAUUGAGGCAAGUCCUUUUAUUUAACUUUAAUUGGAUGAAAGUAUACGGUGGAAACGCUACAUCCACAGCGGUGGUCCUCAGCAGUGUUUCCUGCCACGUGAACAAAGACUAUAGAGGUUAGUUCUUGUUGAUUUUUUUUUUUUUUUUUUUGUACGUUCAUUUU